AAUAAUAAUAAUAAUAAUAAUAAUAAUAAUAAUAAUAAUAAUAAUUGGAAUAGCACUUGGUCUGACCUAACCGACAAUGUGAAUAUCAUGGCCGCUAACCUUACCACCCAAGUACGAUCUAUCGCCGAAGUAACCAUCGCAGUCGCCAAUGGAGAUCUCUCCAAAAAGAUUGAAGUCGAGAGUGGCGGAGAGAUUGCGGAGCUAAAGAACACGGUCAACAACAUGGUUGACUUUUUGCGUAUCUUUGCUUCAGAAGUAACUCGUGUGUCCAAAGAAGUUGGAACAGAAGGAAAGCUAGGUGGUCAAGCAACAGUCCAAGGCGUGGCCGGUACUUGGUCUGAUCUCACUGACAAUGUCAACAUUAUGGCUGCUAAUCUUACAACCCAAGUAAGAUCCAUCGCCGAAGUCACAAAGGCUGUUGCAAACGGAGAUCUUUCAAAGAAAAUAGAAGUCGAGAGUGGCGGAGAGAUCCUAGAACUAAAGAAUAUAGUCAACAACAUGGUCGACUUUUUGCGUAUCUUUGCUUCUGAAGUUACUCGUGUAUCCAAAGAAGUAGGCACAGAGGGAAAGCUAGGCGGUCAGGCAGUAGUUCAGGGUGUUGCAGGCACUUGGUCUGAUCUAACCGACAAUGUGAACAUCAUGGCCGCCAACCUUACAACCCAAGUACGAUCAAUCGCUGAAGUAACAAUCGCAGUCGCCAAUGGAGAUCUCUCCAAAAAGAUUGAAGUCGAAAGUGGCGGAGAAAUUGCAGAACUAAAGAACACGGUUAAUAAUAUGGUUGAUUUCUUGCGUAUCUUUGCUUCCGAAGUAACCCGUGUGUCGAAAGAAGUUGGAACAGAAGGAAAACUAGGUGGUCAAGCCAAGGUACAAGGAGUUGCGGGCACCUGGUCUGACCUAACAGAUAAUGUGAAUAUCAUGGCUGCCAAUCUGACAACCCAAGUACGAUCAAUUGCUGAAGUAACCAUCGCAGUCGCCAAUGGAGAUCUCUCCAAAAAGAUUGAAGUCGAGAGUGGCGGAGAGAUUGCGGAGCUAAAGAACACGGUCAACAACAUGGUUGACUUUUUGCGUAUCUUUGCUUCAGAAGUAACUCGUGUGUCCAAAGAAGUAGGUACUGAAGGAAAGCUAGGUGGUCAGGCCAAGGUUCAGGGAGUAGCUGGUACCUGGUCGGAUUUGACUGACAACGUUAAUAUCAUGGCGGCAAACCUUACCAACCAAGUUCGAUCAAUUGCUGAAGUAACAAUUGCGGUUGCCAAUGGAGAUCUCUCCAAGAAGAUUGAAGUCGAGAGCGGUGGAGAAAUCGCAGAACUCAAGAAUACGGUCAACAACAUGGUUGACUUUUUGCGUAUUUUCGCCUCUGAAGUAACCCGUGUAUCUAAGGAAGUAGGCACCGAAGGAAAACUAGGCGGUCAAGCAAAAGUUCAGGGGGUUGCUGGUACCUGGUCGGAUUUAACAGACAACGUCAACAUCAUGGCUGCAAACCUCACCAACCAAGUCCGCAGUAUUGCCGAAGUAACCAUCGCUGUUGCCAAUGGUGACUUAUCCAAGAAGAUCGAAGUCGAGAGCGGCGGCGAAAUUGCAGAGCUAAAGAACACAGUCAAUAACAUGGUUGACUUUUUGCGUAUUUUUGCUUCCGAGGUAACCCGUGUGUCGAAAGAAGUAGGCACGGAAGGAAAACUAGGUGGUCAAGCCAAGGUUCAGGGAGUAGCUGGUACUUGGUCGGAUUUGACUGACAACGUCAACAUCAUGGCUGCAAACCUCACCAACCAAGUCCGCAGUAUUGCCGAAGUAACCAUCGCUGUUGCCAAUGGUGAUCUGUCCAAAAAGAUCGAAGUCGAAAGUGGCGGAGAGAUUGCACAGCUAAAGAACACUGUCAACAGUAUGGUAGAUCAACUGCGAGUGUUUGCGUCUGAAGUUACUCGAGUUGCAAGAGAAGUUGGUACAGAUGGAAAAUUGGGUGGGCAGGCCGUUGUCCGAGGAGUUGCGGGUACAUGGUUUGAUUUGACUGACAAUGUCAACAUUAUGGCUGCAAAUCUCACAACUCAAGUCAGAAGUAUUGCCCAGGUUACCAAAGCUGUUGCUCACGGAGAUCUAUCUAAAAAGAUUGAAGUAGAAACACGCGGAGAGAUCUUGGAUCUAAAACUUACCGUCAAUUCCAUGGUGGAUCAACUACGUAUAUUUGCAUCCGAAGUCACCCGUGUUUCAAAAGAAGUCGGUACAGAAGGUAGAUUGGGUGGUCAAGCAACUGUAGACGGUGUCGCUGGAACAUGGCUUGAUUUGACCGACAAUGUCAACAUAAUGGCCGCAAACCUUACCAAUCAGGUGCGCUCAAUUGCCGAAGUAACUAGGGCAGUGGCAAACGGAGAUCUAUCCAAAAAGAUUGUAGUUGAGAGUGGUGGUGAGAUCGCAGAGUUGAAGAAUAUCGUGAAUGACAUGGUAGACUCGCUUCGAAUCUUUGCAUCAGAAGUAACUCGUGUAGCAAAAGAAGUCGGCACGGAAGGCAAAUUGGGUGGACAGGCUGUUGUUCAAGGAGUUGCUGGCACCUGGUUUGACUUGACUGACAAUGUCAACAUUAUGGCUGCAAACUUGACAGACCAGGUGAGAUCGAUUGCAGAGGUCACAAAAGCUGUAGCCAAUGGAGAUCUUUCAAAGAAGAUUGUUGUCGAGAGUGGUGGCGAAAUUGCUGAAUUGAAGAACACGGUCAAUAACAUGGUAGAUUUCCUGCGAAUCUUUGCCUCUGAAGUCACUCGAGUCUCUAAAGAAGUAGGCACCGAAGGCAAGCUUGGAGGACAAGCGACUGUUCAGGGAGUGGCUGGUACUUGGUCUGAUUUGACAGAUAAUGUUAACAUCAUGGCUGCCAACCUUACUACUCAAGUACGAUCCAUUGCUGAAGUAACCAAAGCGGUUGCCAAUGGAGAUCUUUCGAAGAAAAUUGACGUUGAAACCCAGGGAGAAAUAUUGGAUCUAAAGAAUAUUGUAAAUAGCAUGGUUGACCAACUGCGUGUCUUUGCUUCCGAAGUUACUCGUGUGUCCAAGGAAGUAGGAACUGAAGGAAAAUUAGGUGGCCAGGCUGUGGUACAAGGUGUUGCUGGAACAUGGUCUGAUCUUACAUAUAAUGUAAAUAUCAUGGCAGCCAACCUUACCACACAAGUACGAUCUAUUGCCGAAGUUACAAAGGCAGUCGCCAAUGGAGAUCUUUCAAAGAAAAUUGAAGUAGAAACUCAAGGAGAGAUAAUGGACCUCAAGAUUACAGUCAAUUCCAUGGUUGAUCAAUUGCGUGUGUUUGCAUCAGAGGUUACUCGUGUAGCUAGAGAAGUCGGAACGGAAGGAAAGCUAGGUGGCCAAGCUACUGUUGAGGGCGUGGCAGGCACCUGGAAGGACCUAACCGACAAUGUCAACAUGAUGGCAGGAAACCUAACAACCCAAGUUCGAAGUAUUGCCGCUAUUUCUGCUGCAGCAACUGAGAACGACUUUUCCCGUCUAAUCACAGUAGAGGCUUCCGGAGAGAUGGACUCACUCAAAACAAAGAUCAAUCAAAUGGUUAGCUCCCUUCGAGAUGCUAUUCAAAAGAACAGGCUGGCUAGAGAAGCAGCUGAGCUUGCUAACAGAUCCAAGAGUGAGUUCCUGGCCAAUAUGAGUCACGAAAUCCGAACACCCAUGAAUGGCAUUAUUGGCAUGACUUCUUUGACACUUGAGACUGAAUUGACACGACAGCAGCGCGAGAAUUUGAUGAUUGUAUCCAACUUGGCUAACAAUCUCCUUAUAAUUAUUGAUGAUAUUUUGGAUAUUUCCAAGAUUGAAGCUGGUAGAAUGACAAUUGAGACCAUUCCUUUCUCAUUACGCUCAGCAAUAUUUGGUGUCCUCAAAACCUUGGCUGUGAAGGCUAACCAAAAAAAGCUCGACUUGAUAUACAAUGUGGAAAGUUCGAUCCCUGAUCAAGUCAUUGGUGAUACCCUCCGUCUCCGACAAGUUAUUACCAACUUGAUUGGAAAUGCCAUCAAGUUUACGACUCGUGGUGAGGUGGUUUUGGAGACAAAAGUGAAGGAAGUAGAUGAUGAUUAUGUCGUGGUACAAAUGUGUGUGAGUGAUACUGGUAUUGGUAUUCAAGAAGACAAGCUCAAUGUGAUUUUCGACACUUUUUGUCAAGCCGAUGGAAGUACUACUCGUGAAUACGGUGGAACUGGUCUUGGUUUAUCGAUCUCCAGACACCUUGUCCGAUUGAUGGGUGGUGAUUUGUGGGUAGAAUCUACCUAUGGCCGUGGCUCACGCUUCUACUUUACCAUAAAAUUCCGCCAAUUCAAGAUGAGUGACUCUGAGAUUAUUGAAAAAAUGGCUCGCUUCAAGGGUCGCAGUGUUCUUUAUCUUGAUACGAUGAACGAUCAAACUGGCGUCGCAAAGGCUAUUGAAACAAUUGGUCUAAAGCCUGUUCGUGUGAAGAAUGUCGAUGAAUUGACCGAGACUAUCAAUGCUGCUGCUUCGCGCACUCGAUAUGCACCAUUCUUCGAUACCGUUAUUGUGGAUAAGAUGAUAUAUGCCGAGAAAGUUCGCGAGGCUGUUCAUCUACGAUAUACUCCAAUUGUGUUGAUUGCGCCUGAUACUCAACAUAUCAAUAUGAAACUCUGUAUUGAUCUCGGAGUUACAGGAUAUAUUAGUGCUCCUACAAAUCUGGCUGACUUGGUUCAUGUUCUUUUGCCCGCAUUGGAGACUCAUGCUGCACUUCCAAGCGACUCAACAAAGGAAGUUCCUCUGGAAAUUCUUUUGGCUGAAGACAAUAUUGUGAACCAAAAAUUGGCUGUCCGCAUUCUUGAAAAAUUCGGCCACAGGGUCAAGAUUGUAUCGAAUGGAAAAUUGGCUUUAGAGGCAUUUGAGAAAGACUCAUACGAUUUGAUUCUUAUGGAUGUACAAAUGCCUAUCAUGGGUGGAUUCGAAGCGACUCAACGUAUCCGUGAAUCUGAGAGAGCAUCUAACAAAAAUACGCAUGUGCCUAUUAUUGCGUUGACAGCACACGCCAUGAUUGGUGAUCGAGAGAAGUGUUUACAGGCCGGAAUGGAUGAAUAUGUCACGAAACCACUGAGAUUCCCUGAUCUUAUUACAGCCAUCAAGAAGUUCUCCCCUCGAUCUGCCCAAAUGUUAAGUAUGGGAAGAGUGAAACCAGAAAAAUAAGCACAUUCACCAAGCACGUCAAAAUGAAGCAUUUGUAGUGCCAUAUAUUCUUGUAUCGCUUCGCUUCAAGUAACUUUGGGGUUAUUCUGUUGACCGAUUGGUUUCAAUAAGCAUUCUUUUUUUUUAUUCAUAUUCUAUAUUCCUAUACUCUUACCAAGCUCCAUCUAAAAUGCCGCACACCAAGUUGUGGCAAUGAAGUAAUCAAAGAAAGGACAAGACGAAAUUAGUUGAUUAAUAGCACAAGAAUGUAAUGCAGUUGUCUCUUUCUCUUUGACGAAGAAAUUCAAAUGAAACAAACAAAUAAAUAAAUAAAAAAUACACCACAUUUACCAACAUU